AUGUCUCAGUUCACAUGGAAAGAUCUCAUUCAACUGAACUCAAAUGAUAAAUCUUACCUUUCGCCUUUAUCGUGUAUGGCACAUGUCGAUGUGAAUGCUUUUUUUGCUCAAGCAGAACAAAUACGAUGUGGUUAUACACGAGAUGAUCCCGUUGUGUGUGUCCAAUGGAAUUCGAUUAUCGCAGUAUCAUAUGCAGCAAGGAAAUAUGGAAUUUCGAGAUUGGAUACUAUUGGUUCUGCAAUGGAGAAGUCCGGUAACAAACUGAUCCCUAUACAUACAGCCGUUUUUAAAAGAGGUGAAGAUUAUUGGAAAUAUCACGAUGGAUGUGGUUCAUGGAAUAAAGAUAAAACUAAACGAAUUCCAGCAAAUCUAUAUAAAGUCUCGUUAGACCCUUACAGAAGAGAGAGUCGAAAAAUAUUCAGAAUAUUCCGUAAAUAUAGUGAUAGAGUUGAAAAGGCCAGUGUGGAUGAAGUCUUUCUUGAUCUAGGAAAGUUGUGUUUUGAAAGAUUAUUAACCGAAAAUAUCUUAUCAGAAGGUUCGGAUAAUUUUAAAGGUCUUAAAAUAUUAAGAGAAGUAUUCCAGCAAGGUGAAUAUAACCUAGAAUCAACCCUACCUUUAGUACCAGAGGAACUGAAACUCUUGAAUUUUGUUGGAGACGUUUACAAUCCUGAAAAUACACCAUUAAUAGAAGACUGGGAUGAUGUUAUAUUUGCAAUUGGUUCUCAAAUUAUAGGAGAAAUACGAAAGGAUAUUGAGGAUUCGUUGGGUUUUACAACCUCUGCAGGAAUAGCAAGAACAAAAUACGUUACUAAAUUAGGUUCGAACUUUAAGAAACCAGAUGCACAGACAAUUAUCUUAAAUAAAUUUGUCCAGGACUUUCUGGAUGGAGAAUCAUUUGAUAUUACAAGUUUUUGGACAUUUGGUGGGAAGAUUGGUAAUGAAAUAUGUACUAUAUUGAAAACCCCAGAAACACACAGUAUUAAGUUUAUCAGAGAAAAUUGGCCCGAUGGACCACAAAGGUUACAUAAUUAUUUGAAUGAACGAAUCUCUGAAUUAUCAAAUUCAGAUGAAAUCCACACAUUAGAUUCUUCCAAGACAGAGGCUCUCUCUCGAAAAUUGUAUGAUAUUUCCCGUGGUCAGUUCUUACUGCCCUUGAAUAAGAAGCCAAUCGUAAAAUCCAUGAUGUCAAAUAAAAAUAUGAGGAAGGAUAGUUGUUGUAAUAUCAUUCACGCUAUUUCUUGGAUUGAAGUUUUUUCCGGUGAGUUGACAGCAAGAAUUAAAGAAUUAGAACAGGAAUAUUCUAAACUAAUUGUUCCUAAAACGGUUGUCCUCUUGGCUACUACUCUUAAAAAGAAGGUAUAUAGAAAGUCGGGACAUUUCGUUCAUAGCCACAACGGAAUUACCUCAAAAGAUUUUAUUCAAGUUGGUACAAAAUUAAUGCAAGAUAUUGAUAAUGAAUAUUGUGGCUCUAGUAAUUCUUCUUUUUAUCCUUUAUUAAACUUGAGUAUGACAAUAUCUAAUUUCGAAAUAUUUGACACGAAUAAGACUAUAGUAGAUAUGUUUGGAAAUCAUGCUCGAAUCUUGACUAAAACAAACAACAGCAUACAAGAAGUUAACGAAGAUACACAGAUUGAAUCAAAUGUAUUGUUUUGCAAAUCUUGUAACCUCAAUUUUGAAACAAAUAAGGGCUUCCAAGAACAUAAGGACUUUCACGUAGCUCAGAAACUUUCAGACGCAAUGAAUGGAAUAUCAGAAAAUUCUAAGAAUCUUACGGUUGGUGAAAGACGUUUACUACUAAAUAAAAAGAGGAAGUAUCCUGAUAGAAUAUCACCCAAAUUCAAUAAAAAAUCAAAAGAAAAAGGUGGUUCGACACCCGGUAUAUUGAGUUUUUUCAAAAAAUAA